AUGGAAAUACCAAUUUCUUAUGGUACAGUCGCCGUUCCGCCGAGUCUCAAUCAUUUUGCGAUAUAUAAUCCUACUUUUGGACCUACAGAAGAAACGCAGAAAGAUCAAUUAUUAUAUUAUGUAGCAAAGAAAACAGUUCCAAUCGACGUCCAAAUGCGUCAAAUUGGCCUGGCUCAGGGCUUAAUUAACUUUACAAGUACAUCACCACCUAACAACACGUAUGCUUCUAGUAAUUCAUCAACUCAACAUGAUACAUCACAUUCUUCGUCGAAUUUGACGCCAUCUACAAAUUUCUUGUUGGGACCAUCACAUUUGAAUGUAGAUGAUAGCGACAUAAAACCUUUGAAAGUAUAUUUGACCAAAAAGGUAACUGAUGUUCCCAAAGGAGAUGCUACUGAAGCCGACGAUGUACACGAAGGCAAUAAAGAAUAUCGUUAUGUGUUUUUUAACAAACUUAAUUUGGCCAUUAAAUCUUCAUUGUAUCCAUUUACUGCCUCUAAUGGAACGUCAUCGUCCAAAGGGUUAACCAUCACUAGCGAAAUGGCACAUGCAUUAUGCGAUCUACAUGAAGAUCUAGAAAAGCAUCCGCAUUUAACAGAAAUUUAUACACGAUCAACAACGAAUUUUUGGAUUGUGGGUAAAAGAUCAGAUGGUCGAGUGUUAUAUGUUGUCGUACCUAAAAAAGAAGUUUCUUUGAUGGAGGUUGAAG